UCCCCUCCUCCCCUGCCUGCUUUCCUCGUCCCCCUCAUUCCUGGUGCCCUGGACACCCCCCCGCCCGUGUGUGCCCUUGGGCUUGGUGGAGGCAGUGAAAGACGGGCGGCCCUUCUUGCCCUAUGCCCAGGGUUGCCUCUGGCCUUGUCUUGCGCUCACCAUUUCCCUCCAGCUCCUGGAAAUAAAUCCUUUCAGGAAUCUGUGUGUCAUAAACAGGAAAAGAGUCCCAGUUUUUGUUGCCUGGUUUAAAUCCUUUGGGAUGGGUCACCCCUGAAAGGCUGCCUGUCAUUCAGUGACUAUUGCUUUUCUGUAUAAAAACUUCUCACUCAACAAUUCCAGCUUUGUGGCUGCAAAAUGAACACACUCUUAUGUAAAAAGAAUACAGACCUUGGAAACCAUCUGGCCGUUGACAGGUCACGCAUGCCAGUACUGGUCUUUGCUGGAAGACUGGGGGAGAAGGGGUGUCUCAAGACAUACAUUGUUUGCUUCCAUAACUUAAUGGAAGAGUUGGGAUCGAUUGAAGUUUUAACAAAGAUUUCCUCUAUCCACAAUGUUAAAUAGAUUUUAUGAAUACAGAGAAUUUAACACUGACUAAAAUCCCUUCCCCUCUCCAUUGCUCAGCCUUCACUUUCUUAUUUGCUUGUUUCAAGAAAUCUCCAUUCUUAGAAAUUCAGGUGCUAUCUAAGAGACUAAUGUAAAGAAAUAAGCAGGAAAACUUUCAGGUUCCCUUUAUACAACAUGAAGAGGCAGAACAGGAUGACUAGUUUAAGAUCUUCAUUAUCUUGACUGAAGUUUUUUCUUAAGUCCUUAUUAAAGUUACAUACUUCAAAUACUGUAUGUGGUUCAGCUUUACCAAGAGGAUGUUCCUGCUCCCAAUGAAGUCAAUGUGAGUUUUGCUGUGGUCCUCAGGCAAAGCAGAAUUGGACAACACAAAGGCAAUUUCAGAUAGUUCAGGCCCAAAAUUUGGAUUCUGUCAGAGGAUUGGAAAGAACCAUGGUGUGCAUUCCUUGUAUCGUCAUUCCAGUUCUGCUCUGGGUCUAUAAGAAAUUCCUUGAGCCGUAUGUCUACCCUAUAAUUUCACCUUUCAUUAAGCGCAUAUGGCCUAGGAAAGCUGUGCAGGGAACACUGGCCACCAAGCAAGGCCAAGGAGACAGUACUGGAGCUAUUCUGGGGACUUCAACCACAAACCUAGGCCCAGCAGAUGAUUCUGGAAUGUAUAAGAUUGAAAGCAACGGGGUCGCAAAUGGAAUCACUGCAAAGGGACCAAUGGAAGUUUCUGACAAGAAGACUGAUUAAAGGAACUUGUUCAUUAGGAACUUUUCUUUGCUGUACAAUGUGAACUGGUGAUACUGUUCCCACUUUGAGAUUUGGUGGCCCUUCUACCUGAAAGGAAGCAUGAGUUGUUUAUAGCAGAGGGUUUCCUCUGCUGCUGAAAUGGGUAAAUUUAGCAGCUUUCUCUUUAAGAUGUUUGAGGAGUUGUUUUAAACUAUUCUUAUUCCUUACUACAUUUUCCUCACUGAAAUUCUUUGCAGCUGUAAUGCAGUUCAGAUAAGGUUAGAUAUCCUAGAUUAAUUUAUUUUUAUCAAUAAAUGAAGCUUUACAUGGUAAAUGUGUCAGAUUCUUAUAGCUGUCUUGUAAUGCAUCUAAAAUCCAUGUAUUUUACAACAGUUCCUGAAACUCAAACUUCGUUGUAGCUCAUUACUCUGCUCUCAGAGCCUCAUGCGAAAGGUUAGGGGUUCAUCCCAUAUAGUUUGAUGGAGUAAUGUGCAAUCUCUUGCUCUAAGAGCUAUAACUCUCCCAUCCCUGCUAAAGAUGUUAUGGAUUGUACUGAGGACACCAGCGUGUUUCUUGGCAAUGCUAUGAAGAAAAUUUAUAAAAGGAGAUCUCCACCUGGUAACCAAUAAGCUAGAAUAGGUGCAAUAUUUACAGGAUGUUUUAGUUUAUGGGAAGCAGAAAGCAAGCCCUGAGGAAUGGCAGGGAUGUAGCAUGAGAGAAUUACUAUGUUGUAUGCAAGCCUCAGUAGUUAAGGUUGUUGGUGUCAGAAUUGUAAAAUUCAGAAUAAGUCCAGAAAAAUCUGGUUAACCUGCGUGUGUAACUUAAUUAAAACAAAGUGGCAUUUUAUUAAAGCAUUUUUUUCCUUAUAAAAA